ACUUCUCUAUUUGUCUCUUAAAUUAAUUGAUCGAAAUUUCUCUCAUUUUGUUUGAGUAUCUUGGGAGAAAUCCGCUCCCGUUGGUUCUCUUGUUUGAUGAGCGAUUUGUGUAGUCCUUUUCCGGAUUUUCUUUUGUUUUUUCACAAAAUCUUGGGAAAAAUAUAGUUUGUGUUCUUCAGAUGUUCUAAAAGGCAAGAUCUUUAGUUAUUUUGGGCUUCUGAGCUCCGUCUCUUGUGCCGUUUGUCAUUCUUUUAUUUUAUUGGGAAUUUUGUGCAGAGAUUUGGUUCUGUUCGGAUCGUAUUUGAUUCUUUAUUCUGGGAUGGUACCGCCCCACCCCCUCUCCCUCUUUCCCUUUUCUAUUGAUGCCUAGGAACAAGCUAGCAUUUAAUUUCUUAAGCUGUGGUUAUUAAUUUCUCAAUGUAGCUUGGAAUUAUUUUAGUUAUGAACUCCCGAGAAAAUAUACUAAAAUUCACUGGUUUUUAAAGUUGACCUGCUGCCUUACUUUGGGAGAAUCAGUACACAUCAUGGGGAAUUUGUGGAUGAAGUCAUAGUGGAGAGGGAGCAUGAAGUAUCACAGAUUAAAAGGACUAGUUUAUCCGUUAGCUCAAUCUGCUUGAGAAAUUAUAUGUGGCUUCUCAUAGUGAAGUGUGUGGAUUUGAGCUGUGGUGGCAUCCGGGUCUCCUUUGUGUGAAGUUGUAAUUAUCACACCUUGUCUAGCUUGUGAGUGGGCAAAGCUUCCUUCUAUUUUGUGUUGUGUACUUAAAGAUGAUUUUUGCUAGUGAUUUCCUUAAAGGACGUAUCUUCUUAAAACCCCUUUAAUCUAAGAGGAAUAUAUAUUUGCUAAAUUCUCUUAGAUCACUGUCUUGCGGCCUUUGUGGUAUGGUAUUCUUUCUUAUACUAGUUGGCAUGUAAAUUUAAAAAACUGUUAUAGUGAUGGGAUGGAUUUUUUCUUUUUUUAAUAAAAUUGGUGAGGAUUCAUUAUUAUGUUAACUCUUAGGAGAUGCCAGCAAUUAUGGGAAGAGAGAAGUAAGCGACAUGGAAGACAAGACUCUUGUUGGUGGAAACAUUUCUAUGUGUAUGAUGCUAUUGAAAGGAGUCUAUUUGUUUGGGAGUCACUAGAUUUGAGUAAAGCAUUUUAUGUGUGCAAAUAUGCUGGUAACCCCGCUGUUACUUGAGUGCAUGGAAGUUCAAAAGAUACCAGUUGCAGCCAGCUAAUAGAGAAAUAAGAUUUUGCAAACGGAUGGGUUGAACAGAAUGCCCUGCUCCAAGCCAUGGCUCGUGUAGAUUGGUUUGGAGAUCUGUUGGUGAUAUUUAUCACUGAAGAAACAUCAUCUUCAUUGCAGCAUACUGAAACAUUGAAUAGUUGUUGUAACCUGAUUGCUAUCAUCUCGUCAUAGCAAAAAAACAUAAACAACUUAUUUUGCAGAGACUUCUUUGCAUAACAAUGGCAACAAAUGAAAACCUUCCACCUAAUGUCAUCAAACAACUUGCCAAAGAACUGAAGAAUCUUGAUGAAACACCACCAGAAGGCAUUAAAGUGCUUGUAAAUGAUGAUGACUUUUCCACUAUAUUUGCUGAUAUUGAGGGUCCAGCUGGUACUCCAUAUGAGAAUGGUAUAUUCCGCAUGAAGCUGUUAUUAUCACACGACUUCCCUCAAUCGCCUCCAAAAGGCUACUUUCUGACUAAAAUCUUUCAUCCUAACAUUGCAACAAAUGGCGAGAUUUGUGUGAACACACUAAAAAAGGACUGGAAUCCAAGUCUUGGUUUGCGACAUGUUUUGCUUGUGGUCAGAUGUCUGCUGAUUGAACCAUUUCCAGAAUCUGCACUUAAUGAACAGGCUGGUAAGAUGCUGCUUGAAAAUUACGAGGAGUAUGCAAGGCAUGCCAGGCUGUAUACUGGAAUCCAUGCUGUCAAACCUAAACCAAAAUCUAAGACCGGAGCAAUCUCUGAGUGCACCACGGCUCUUAAUGUGGAUCAGAAAAAUGUGGUUUCAAAUGGCAAGGUGUUACCACACCCCACACCAUUGACCACGAACACAGCCUCCAAAGUAUCAGCAAUAAAUGGCCAGGAUCAGAAUGCUGUCGUUCCUGCAAUGGAGCCUGCCAUUGGGACAUCAGCAAUUGAAAAGAAGGAAGGAGCUGUCACUGCAAAAGUUCAGGUGGAUAAGAAGAAGAUGGAUGCAAGGAAGAAGAGCUUGAAGAGAUUAUGACGAGAGUGAGGAAGUAAGGGGUACAUGUUGUAUUGGAGAGGACAUAAUCAAUGGGAACUACGAGAAAGCAUUUGUAAUCUGAACUUUUUUGGACAUUUGGGAUCGAGAGUGGGGCAGGGGGAGAGUGAGUCAUUGCAUCUCAUUCUUUUGACUUUCCUUUGUGCAAUCACUCGUGUCAUUGUGGCGAAUGGCAAUGCAUAGUUUCGAUUCUCAGA